CGAGUCAAGUUUUCGUGCGAAUUUUUGGGAAAGCGAACGAGAUCCAACUGUUGAUGGACUCGAGGGUCUUUCCCUGGGAGGUUUCAUCGCUGGAUACAGGUGAUGGGAUUGUUAGUUUGUCACGGUUUUGGGGGAAUUGGAGCAGCGCUCUUGAGAUAGCGGAGUAAAAAGGAGGGACUUUUGCGCGGGUACAAGGAUGAUGGUGAGAAACACGAGCGAGGAAAUGAUCAUCCGGAGUUUGAUAGACGGCGGCUCCACUGCUACUCACGGUGCUGCUGCUGCUAUUGCGUUUGAAAACAUGGGCUUCAUGCCUCACAGGGCCAGCAGCGAGGAGCUCUUCAAUAGCUGGAUUGCCAAUUCAGAGCAGGGUGGCUUGCCCCCGCACACUCGUCCAUCUCGCAAGAUGUCGUCUGAACUUGCUGCUCUACUCGCCCAGCAACAAGGAAUGGAUCACGGCUUGUAUCUUCAAAGCGAUCACAACGCAAAGUCAAGAUCACAGCAGCAGCAAGAAUAUCCAUCGUUGCAGGCACUAAGCUGGUUUCAAACUUCUCAACCCAUGACUCGAAGCCGUUCCACAGAGCUCAGGCGCCGCUACCUUGAGAUGCAAAGGCAAGAUUUGUCGUCGGGAGCAAAGCCAACCGAGCAAAGUUUCCUUCCGUGGCCCGAUAAUCUCCCCCAGCAUGAUCACAACUCGUCAGUCUCCACAGUCUCCACGGUCGUAAACAUGCUCAAGGGAUCAUUGGAGAAGAAGAGAGUAUCAAAAGAGCUACAACACCACUGCCAGGCCGAGCAACACGAACUCCAUCAGCAGCAAAACGCUGUCCAGGACGCAAGUUUCAUGUUUCGGCUGGCGAACCCGAGCGAGUCCUCGGGUGGCAACGACAACAAUUCGUGCCCCGCUACUCCAAGCCAGAUCCAUCUCUUCCACGAUCAACAGGCGGGCCGAGCGAUAAUUUUUGCAGGCAAUAACGACUUGCAGACUGAAGAUCAACACAAGAAGCAGCAACCACAGCUCUCGCGAGCAGGAUCGAUCACAUCUUCUGGAAGAUCUGGUAUGGAAGCUUCGGACGUUUCGACCAAGAAGCGACGAGUAGAACGCAAGAGAAUGAUGGUGGAAGCCAAAGGAAGAUCGUCAGUCCCAGCGAUGCCUUCCGACAUGCAAGCAGCGAUCAAGCGCUCGGAUGCACUAGAAAAGGAAGUUCGAUCUUUGAAGCUCAACCUUUCCUUCAUGAACAGGAAGGAUUCCGAGCAGACAAAGCGAAUCGAGGAGCUGGAGAAGCAAAACGAGGAGCUCUUGCGAGAAAAGAGCCGACUAACCGAGGAGUUGGAUCAACUAAUCUCUUCGAGAUCAACAUGGUAGAAAAACAAAGUCAUAACUCACAGUACAAAAAAACGUAAAUAUUGCAACAAGAGAGAGAGAGAUGGAGAGGAAAAAACAAAUCUACGAAGAGACGAAGAAACCAAGCACUAAGUCUUUCCUUACAGCGACUUUGAAACAAAGAGAAGAAAAU